CUUUUUAACAUUUCUCCAUCUACUAGAGAAAAACCUCUGUGGUCUCGUCGGCAUCGUUCAAGAGAGAGAAGCGAAAAUGGUGCAGCGUCUCACGUAUCGCACACGCCAUAGCUACGCCACCAAGUCCAACCAGCACCGUGUCGUCAAAACCCCUGGUGGUAAGCUUGUGUAUCAGACUACCAAGAAGAGAGCUAGCGGGCCCAAGUGUCCUGUUACUGGAAAGAGAAUCCAAGGGAUUCCUCACUUGAGGCCUGCUGAAUACAAGAGGUCUAGAUUAUCUCGCAAUAGGAGAACUGUGAACCGUCCAUAUGGUGGUGUAUUGUCUGGAGGUGCUGUUAGGGAGAGGAUAAUCCGUGCCUUCUUGGUGGAAGAGCAGAAGAUUGUGAAGAAGGUUUUGAAAAUUCAAAAGGCAAAGGAAAAGUUAUCUUCAAAGAGUUGAUCUGAUGAAACUAUGAAGAAUCUGUUUUUCCUUUUUUUUUUUUUUUUUUUUUUUUUUAUUGAAACUAU